UUUAGUCAAUUUUUAUAUUAUUAUUAUUGAAAUGAACAAAAUAGAAAAAAUUGUUGAAGAAAGGACACACACAAUUACAGAACAUAACAAACUUCACAAUGAAGUCAGUAAUUUUCUUCCACGAAUUACCAAUAGAAACUCGGAAGAGAAAAUUACAAUGGCAGAUGUAACACCACAGAUUAUUGCAAGCUGUAUAAUUCAUUGUAUGACUAUAAAGAGUGGUAUAAACAUGGCUUACAGUACUAUUUUAUUAGAUGGUUUAGAAUCAGAUAAUGUUGAUAUGAAAAUAACUGAAAGUGAAGCAUCUUGGAUAACGAGUCUAGUUACAAUAACAUUGCCAAUAGGAUCUCUCAUUGUUGGGCCUUUAAUGGAUAAAUUUGGACGCAAAAUAGUUUGUUUAUUAUCUUGUAUUCCUGCAGCAAUAUCAUGGGUUUCAUUGAUAUUUGCCAAAUCCUUAAUUACUAUUUAUGCGGCUCGAGUUGUAGCUGGAAUCUCAGCAGGCUUAACAACUGUUGGUCUAGUUUAUAUAUCAGAAAUUACACAUCCACAAAUCAGACCAAUGCUUCUCUGCCUUACUUCUGUAUUUGUGUCGUUUGGAAUUUUAAUUCCCUGUUGUUUAGCUGUAAUGCUAGAUUGGCGCAAGAUGAACAUAAUUUUCUUUGUAUUAGAGUGUUUUAUUUUCUUUACACUUUACUUUGUACCUGAAAGUCCCUACUGGCUCGUAUGUUUUCAAAAUGGUAUGCUUGAUGAAAAACGAAUUUGCAAAAUGAAACACAGUUUGAAGCAACUUAACAAAAGGCAAACAAUUUAUGAGGAAGAAUAUUCGCGAAUCAUGGAGACUUGUGGAAACUGUGUAGUGAAUGAUAAAGCGUCAAAAAAUAUUAUAGUAUCUGUAAAAAAUUAUUACCAUACGUUUGUAUCCCCGGAAACCUAUAAACCUAUGCUGAUACUUUUCUCACUAUUUUUGUUGCAACAACUAUCUGGUUCUUAUGUAAUCAUAUUUUAUGCUAUUUCUGUUUUUCGUGAAAUGGGUGGAACAUUUGGCAAUUUUAACGAACACGGUGCACUUGUUAUGUUGGGUAUCAUUAGAUUUGUUAUAAGUAUAGUAACAGUUUUUUGUAGUAGAAAAUAUGGUAGAAGAGUCCUUUGCAUCUUGAGUGGGAUUGGAAUGGCUAUUUCUAUGUUUCUUUCUGGAAUGUAUAUGCAUUUUGCAGUGUCGUACGAUGAAAAUGGUAAUACAGAAGAAACCAUGGUGAAUCAAAAGUGGCUGUUAUUAUUCUUCAUAUUAGCUUAUAUUUGCACUGGUUCAUUUGGAUUUAUAAUUAUACCAUGGACAUUGAUCGGAGAAUUGUUACCUGUGUCCAUACGUGGUAUUGGUGGAGGUAUCAUGGUUUCUUUUGCUUAUAUAAUCAUGUUUGCUGUUAUAAAGAGUUAUCCGUACAUUUUGAAAAGCAUGACCAUCGAGGGCAUUUUUUUCUUUUUUAGCUUCGUGUCUUUAACAGGCGCAGCUUUUAUAUACUUUUUUCUGCCUGAAACUUUGGGCAAAUCAUUUUCCGAUAUUGAAAAAUUUUUCUCUUCCACAAGAAAGAAAAGAAUGCAUUCAAGGAGAUCUAUUAAUUCCGAAAAUCCUUGAUUUAGUCAGAGUCGCUUUUACUUUCGUUUUAUUUGUGUGCGUUUUGCAUGAUAUAUAUUUGUAAAAUUUCUCUUAGGGGAGACGGGACUGUUAAUAUUAUG